GAAAACAACUAAUCCUGGAACAGUGUAUUUGACAAACGCAACCUACCGACCACAGUAGUGUGCGGACUGUGGGCAGAGAGAUAGGCGAGGGGUGUGUUUGCUGCAGGCUUGCACCGUUGUAAACAUAAAAGGCCUAACGAGAGGUGGAAUAGAUAUGGCUGAAGGCGAUAACAAAAGCGCUAAUCUGCUUGCCCAGGAGACAGCACAGCUGGAGGAGCAGCUGCAGGGAUGGGGUGAAGUGAUCCUGGCCGGUGACCAGGUCCUGCGCUGGGAGAAGCCCUGGUUCCCCGGGGCCCUGAUGGGAGCCACCACUGUGCUGUUCAUGUUGAUCUAUUACCUGGACCCGUCGGUGCUGACUGGCGUGUCCUGCGGCGUCAUGAUUCUGUGCCUGGCAGACUACCUGGUGCCCACUCUCGCCCCAAGGGUGUUCGGCUCCAACAAGUGGACGACCGAGCAGCAGCAGCGCUUUCAUGAGAUCUGUGGAAACCUGGUGAGGUCCCAGCACAGCGUGGCUGGCUGGUGGAAGCGCCUCUUCGCCCUCAAGGAGGAGAAGCCCAAAAUGUACUUCCUGUCUGUGAUCAGCAGUCUGGUGGUCGUGGCCUGGAUUGGACAGCAAGUCCACAACUUGUUCCUGACCUACCUGAUUGUGAGCUUCCUCCUCCUCCUGCCCGGCCUUAACCAGCAUGGCAUCAUCACCAAGUACGCCGGCAUGGUCAAGCGGGAGAUCAACAAACUGCUCAAGCAAAAGGAGAAGAAGAACGAGUGAAGUGAUGGAAAGAGCGAGAGAAACGCAACCACAGAGUAAACUUUGCCGCACCCCUCCCGAACCCCCCUCCCCGCCUCAGCACGGACGAUUGGAAACGCCCACAAACAACACUCCUGUUGUGUCACCAGUCCCGCCCGCUCAGAGAGCGCCAACGAGGGUAGUGCUCACACGGACGCACUCCUCAUUCCACUUCACCAGAAAAAAAAAAA